AGUCACGUAGAGAAUCAUUUGAUCUAGAGUGAUCAAUAUGGAGCACGAACUUAAUGCUUACUUUAAUGAAAACAUUAUUUUCAGCCCAAGUUUUGACGGAAACCUUGACUAAAACCUGAUGGAAAAUACAGGUUUGAAGUUUUUGUGUGUUUGUCCACCUUAGGAAUUAGUAGCAUGUUGGAAAUUAAUAUUUGUUUGAGUCUGUACUACUGAGUGAAACUUGGAUUUCAUUUUUGUUGUUUGUAUCUUUCAAAUGUUCCCUCCUACAGAAAUCUAGUAAUCUUAGGAACAAUUUCCCUUUUCUGGGUUUAAGCACCAUGUGAUUUGUACAAAUCAUAUUUUAAGCCAUUUUAAGUUCAGGUCCAAAUAAUGAUUUAUGUUAAACUUACUGUAACUACAGAUUAUUCUGACAAUACAUUCGAUACUGGAGAACCACCACCACCAGAUAAAUGACAUUGAUUGAAGUGGCCACUUAUGUAAAAAGACAAUGCACCCGAAAUCUUUUGUUUGCUGCAGAUAAAGCUUUUGUGCGACUCAUUGAUGGGAGCUCUGAUAGCUUCUUUUUAAAAAAGUAGUUGCCAUGUGGUUAUUGGGUAACGACAGAUUUAUGUAAUGUAACUGAAUCAGCUGUGAAAAAUAGCGCUCAAUGUCUGCGGUGCAAUAAGUAAACAGAGAACUGAGGAUUUCAUCAGUUUCCCGGAUAUGGUUGAUCAGGCCACCUUCCAGGUGUGUGUGAACAUGUACAGAUAUUCUCCCCCAGGUUUUCAAAGCAUCUCCUCUUUUCUGCCAUCAUCCACAUCAUCAGUAUGUUCUGGCCUUCAUUACAUCAGUCUGAGACUUCAUAAUGUAGCACUAAUUAAACAUUGGAUUAUUGUGGAUUAAGUUAUUCUAGAUUAUUCUGGUCUUGGACUAAACCCGACCUUUGUGUAGUAAUUGUGUGUCUACAAUCUGGAGUUUGGGAUUUUAGCCACUAGAGGGCAGAAUGUUUUCAGUCUGAGCUCAAAGUGGAAGAGAGUGGGUACCGAGGUAACAGCUGUAAUCGGUGUGGGCGGAGUUAGACCUGUAACUCCGCCCUCCUGAGAAACACUUGUAGGAACCAGCCCCGAACAAAAUCUGCCAAUCUGCAAGGCGAGCAACAGGUCCGACCAGCCGGGAUAAACAAGCAGUGGCUCUCACCUGUGGUGCGCCCAGGGAAAAAAUCCUGAAGUCCUGCGUGGAUCAGCCGCGGCGAGGCGAGGGUGUCAAGACCGCAACAAGGCUGGACAUCUGGAAAUUCAGCCGAGAAUGAGCAGAGAGGCUGCUGAUAUCCAAUUUGUCUAUGAAGCUCUCAACAAGCCACACGAGGAGAGCGAGGAGGAGGAAGAGGAUGAGGUGACAGAAGACGAGGAGCCCAAAGCCUGCGGCGUGUGCGGCGAUCUGGCGAAGGGUUACCACUUCAACGCUCUGACAUGUGAAGGCUGUAAAGGCUUCUUUAGACGUGCUAUAAAGAGGUCGACGCAGCUCCGAUGUCCGUUCCUGAAUAAAUGCAUCAUCACCAAAAACAACCGCCGCUCAUGUCAGGCCUGCCGCUUCAGAAAAUGCCAGGCCAUCGGGAUGCGGAAAGACAUGGUCAUGUCGGAUCAAGCGGUCUUGGAGCGAAGAAUCAGAAUAAAGAAGAAAAAGAUGUGCGACACGUCCGCAGAGCUGUCGACCCAACAGGAACAGGUGGUUGAGGAGCUGCUCUCUGGCCUCCGCAGCACAUUUGAUUCGUCGUUUUCACGCUUCACCGGCUUUAGGCCCAUGGACAGAGAUGUGUUGACGGGGAACCAGCCGUCCAGACUGCGGACCAGCAGCCUGACGAAGAGCUGGUGUACGGCUGAAGAACAUGGAGAUGAUCCUUCAACGUCCCCUUACCCCUGCUCCCUUUCCGCCGCCUCCUCCCAGUCUCUCUCUUCCUCUUCCGCCCGCUCUUUCCUCUCCGGUUGCUCUGAAAAAGAAGAGGACAACGUCGGAGACGAAAGCAGCAGCGUUUACACUAACCUCCCGCAUCUGGCCGACCUCACGACCUACAUGAUCCAGGACAUCAUCCGCUUUUCCAAAAGCCUUCAGGACUUCCGGUCACUAAGCAUUGAGGACCAGAUAGCUCUACUGAAGGGAGCCACGUUUGAAAUAAUGCAGAUUCGCUUCAACAUGGUGUUCAACACUACGACGAGCAACUGGGAAUGCGGCUGCAUUACGUACUGCAUACACGACGCGUUGCGAGGGGGUUUCCAGCCGCUCCUGCUUGAGCCCCUCUUCAAAUUUCACCACAAUCUGCGCAAACUGGACCUGCAGGAGGAGGAGUACGCCCUCAUCCAGGCCAUAUCGCUGUUUUCGCCAGAUCGUCCCGGAGUGCAGCAUCACGCCGCCAUCGAUAGAGUUCAAGAAAACCUGGCGGAAACUCUGAAAGCCUGGAUCGACUGCAAGAAAAAAGGCCCAAAGAAACACCUGCUGUAUCCCAAAAUGAUCGCCUACCUCACGGAGAUGAGAACGAUGACGGAGGAGUACAGCAAGCAGAUUCUGCAGAUCCAGGACGUGCAGCCCGACACCAUCUCUCCGCUCAUCAUGGAGGUGGUCAGUAAAAACCCCUGCAACAACGUCUGAGGCCCGACACUGGCCACUUCCAGCAUUCGGCUCUUAUUUAGCCUUUUGGGGGGGGGGAACUGAAGGUGCCCUUUGAUUCGCUGCUAUGUGAGGCACACAGGAAACGUGAUGAAGCCAUCUGCUUUUUGCACAAUUUCAAAGCAUUCGCUGGGCAGAAGCGAGCUUUACAGACUCACCGAUCUGCUGGUUUCAGGUGCUUUUGUUGUGGCAUUUUUGAGACGAAACGAGUUUUGAUGUUUACGAUGAUUUUCACUGCACUCAGAAUGGAGACUGCUCAGGACGCAAAUGGAAACCGUCUUCUGGAAACAUUUAUACCGUCUCGCUUGUUACCUCAGGUUGUGUUCCGUUUUGUGUUUGUUGUGCUCUGUAAGACAGAAGUUUAACACUUAUUGUAAAUAGAACUGAACAGUAAAGUUGCUGUUUGAAAUCUGUUAUUAUGUAGCCUGAUUAAGAUGUGUUAAUUUAUAUUACGGUUCAUAAACCCCUCAAAAGUC